CCGUUUCUUCACCAAAGCAGCAGGCGCUCCCUCUUCCUCUCCGACCCCGGCCGAGACGCACGGCGGGGAAGAGGCUCACAGUCCAAGAGCGUGACGCAUGUUCGGUACCACGCGCACAAACUGCCGUGCUCGGCUUCUCCAUCGAUCACCGGCAUAGGUGAGCCAUGCAAAGCUCGCCGGGCGCCCCCAAGCUCCGGCCACCCCCUAUAAAACCCGCCGCUCCUCACCGUCACCGGCAAGCACAGCAAAGCAGCAGCAGCAAAGGUAAGGUAAUAUUUGCAGCAUCGUCUGAAGAAGCACAGGAGCAGGGGAGAUAUGGCGGCGAGCAAGGGGAACGCGGCGGCGGCGGCGUGCGCGCUCGUGCUGGUGCUGCUGGCCGUGGGCGCGGAGGCGCAGGGCGGCGGCGGGGGGGAGUGCGUGCCGCAGCUGAACAGGCUGCUGGCGUGCCGCGCGUACGCGGUGCCCGGCGCCGGUGACCCCAGCGCCGAGUGCUGCAGCGCGCUCAGCUCCAUCUCCCAGGGCUGCGCCUGCAGCGCCAUCAGCAUCAUGAACAGCCUGCCUUCCAGAUGCCACCUCAGCCAGAUCAACUGCUCUGCCUAAGACGAGACGAGAGUUAACCCCGGACGCCAUGGAAGAAGAAUAAUCAAGGUGUUGACGAAGCCGUCGUUGUCUUCGUGUCUCGUUUAGUAAAAUCUUCAGAUUGUACUGCAGUUGCUAUUGAUGUCGAUGAAUAAUACCAGUAAGUACUAUGGAACAAUCAUGUAAUGCCCGGUUGCUGGUUCAUUAACGAUGACCUCCUUUGGCUAUCGUGCCCCUCUUUGUUUU